UCUGCACGGGGACGAGGUAAGAGAGAGCCGCUGAAGGGCAGGGCCCGCGCACCCAGGCGGGACGCGGACUCAGGACAGGCCGCGGGCUAGCCCAGCUUACCUCGACCGGCGAAGCUCCUCGGUGGCCGGAAAUGAACCGAUCCUUGAAUCCGGAAGCCGCGUCCUCUACCAGUCACGUGAAGUUUGAUCUGGGGAAGUCCUUUGAGUGGUCCGUAGAUACCAGCUCUUCAGGCAGUAAGGAUGGCAGCACUGCAGGGUCCCCAUUGGAGCCAACGGACAAGACGGACACGACGGACAAGACGGAGUCGAAAUCUGAGUCGGGAUCGGAUUCCAGAUCAGAGGAAGACAAGGAGAGGCCGGCCUUGAUUAAGAAGAUAAAGACGGAGAUACCCCAAUCGAAGGACCGCCCUGGCGUGCAGAUUAAGCUCUCAUGGUCACAGAAGAUAAAGAGCUGGACAGCAAAAAAGAAAAGAAGACUGUACCAGCUCGUCAUAGACAUCAUCAUGAUGAAUCGAGUGUGUAAGAUGUUCCGUCAAGGCCUCAGGGGAUUCCGGGAAUAUCAGAUCAUUGAGCCUGUUCACAAGAAGCAUCCUAUCUUCUCCUUCUGGGAUAAAAGGAAGCAAGGCCGCAUCUCGUUUGAUACUGAGGACUUUGCUGCAGAGGAGGGUCACUUCCCUCCGAGGGCCAUUUCUAUCACACAGAAGAAGCCGUCCUGGAGGACCCCCCAGGAGAUCCAAGACCUCUGCAACAUUCUACAGGCUCUAGAUUGCUACCGCAACUACACAGAGUCUCUGCAGCUGCUCCUGGCCAAGGUCAUACGCUUCGAAAGGUUUGGUCGCCGGCGUGUCAUCGUCAAGAAGGGGCAGGCAGGCAAUAGCUUUUAUUUCAUCUUCCUGGGCACGGUGGCCGUGACUGAGGACGAGGACGGGAGCAGUGCUUUCCUGGACCCUCACCCAACACUGCUGUACAAGGGUGGCUCCUUCGGGGAAAUGGGCCUUCUGAACACAGCAGUGAGGAGUGCCACGGUGGUCUGCAUGGAGGAGACAGAGUUCCUGGUGGUCGACAGAGAGGAUUUCGUUGCAAAUAAGCUGGGUGACGAAGUUCAGAAGGAAACUCAGUAUCGGUAUAAUUUUUUUAGGAAGUUGGACAUAUUCCAGUCUUGGUCUGAUGAGAAGCUCUGGAAGCUGGUGGCAUUGGGGAAGAUAGAGAAGUUCUCAUAUGGACAGAUGGUGUCUGAAGACUUUACGAAUUCGGCAUUUAUUACAUUCAUCUGCCAGGGCAACUGUGAAAUCCUGCGAUUGGUAGCCCUGGGUGACUGCCGUGCCUAUUACAAGUGGGUCUGGCAGCAGCUGGAGCUGCUGGAUCACAAGCCUCUGAGAGUUCAUGACAAUGAAAUAUCUCCAAAGGAGAGAUUUAAGGAAAUCCAGAUCAAAUCCUAUCCUCUGCAGGAUUUCACUUAUUUGAAACUUCUGCGUCUCCAGAAAGCCAGAGAGCAACAGGGAAUAGACUUCCACGGCAAGAUCAACAAAGUAGAAAAUAGUCUCCCCAAGUUGCUGGGCCCAAAGAUCAAAUCCAGGUAUGGUCAUCCAGUCAAAUGUCCUAUGAUCAACACCAAGUUCGGUGAACUCCCCAAGGAGGCCGUAGUGGGGGUCUACAUGAAGAUCCACAAGAUAGAGGAAGGAGAUAUUGUGGGCCUUCACCAAGCCUUUGUCCCGGAAAUCCAGCGAGAUGCUCGGUCCUUCAUCCUUCUGAGCUUGGGAUCAGAGUUGAUACAAGUAAGAAAAGAAAAGUUUUAUGACAUGGUUGACGAGGAGACAAAAGCGAAGAUAUUAAAGACAGACGUGGACUAUCCCAGCGACGAAGACCUGUGCCAGAGAUUCUUGAAGGAAAACGACUACAUUGUCUUUCGGAAGGAUCUGCUGCGGUUACUGGUGGAGCCCCUCAACAAGCCACCAUUCAUCCCAGUCCAGACCAAGAGGAAAGAUAUCUACAACCAUAAGUCCUUGUUCCUGAACCUGUGCAGCCUCGAAAGGAAGGCGAAACAGCACUAUCCCAUUUUUCUGGCGCCCCAGAAAUACCUGCCCCCCUUGAGGGUUGUCCAAGCCAUCUCAGCACCCCGGCACAAAAUCCAAGAACUCCUGCCUCAAUAUAAGAAUGCAGGGGUCCUUGUUUAGAACGAAUAAAGUGGGUUUGGAUUA